AUGCCCCCGCUGGAGGAAUCCUCUUUGCAGGUGGAUCUGCUGCUCCCCAAAGCAGAUGCUACAGGGGAGCAGGUUAUGUCAAUGAACAGGGAGAUGGAGCAGGAGGAUCUGGGACCUUCGGAGGUGACUGCAUCCCCAACCCCCUCCACAAGAUACAGGGGUCCCAGGAACAGUAUCAGAGGUAGAGGAUGA